AACGGCAGCUAAUUGGUAAAUGAACCUGUUUCCGCGAACAAUGCUUAUAAGAGACAACAUUUCUCAAGGCUGUCUCAUCAACCUGAGAGUUUGAACCUGUCUGGGCACCCUCCCCACUGGCCCAGGUCCCUCCACCAGGCUCCUCAUAGUACUCAUGGCAGGUGGCACUGGGAGACAGGAGGGAGAGAGGGAGAGCGCCUGGGGGCUCUAUCCUCUGGUAAGUUUGUCGCAUGGUAUUUCCCGCACCUUCACAACAAGCCUGUGCAGUGGGCGCCUUUAUUCUUUUUCACAAUGAGGAAACCGAGUCUCAGGUUGAGAAGUCGCCCAAGUGCCCACGGGCACCACUGUGGAAUUCAGUACUGGCUCCAGGCAGAGCCCAAACUCCCAACCGGCAGACGACACAAUACACAAUGGCAGGUGGAUGGAUGGAUGGACGAGGGAUGGAAGGAUACACGGAUAAACGCUGGGUGGAUGGACGAGUGAAUGAGGGAGAAGCAAGCACCGAGGGUCUUAAAAGAAGAGACAGCAACUUGUGUCCACAGAAGCAGUCAGCAAGGCUCUAUGACAGUGGCAGAGCUGAAACUAAGAACGUCACCUUCUUCUAGGACUUGAAAGACCGUAUUUGGUCACCCGGUGAUAAGCAUUUCACCAGGAACAGUGCACUGCCAAAUCCGCAGGGCUUGCCGGGAGGUGGCAAAGGAACAGACCGCGUGGCAGGGAUGCUGAGACGCUCUGUGUAGCCCCCAGAGGGCUGGGGGGGCGGGUGGGGGAUGGAAGUGCUGGCCCUUUAAUGGCCAAGCCCAGGGCUCUGGAUUCCGAUGGCAGUUGAUGAGGGAGGGUUGCAGAAGAAGAGGGACACAGGGCUUCCAGGAACUGUUCGCCAGCUUUCCAGACUAGACGGCCCACCUCUGCUGGGCCACCAUUUUCCAGGGAGUCGCUGUCACUGCCUGGAGACCCCCAAGGCUCCCGCCAGCCCAGGUGCUGCCCAGCUGGGCCCAGAAAUGGGACGUCAGGCCUCCGAAAGGAGCACAGUGGAAGCCAGGGCGUCCCCGAGCCGCUGCUGUGACGGCCAGUGAGCGAGCAGCGGAGGAUGUCCACCACUGCGACGGUCGCCCCCACGGGGAUCCCGGCGGCCCCGGGCCCUGUGAACCCGCCCCCGCCGGAGGUCUCCAACCCCACCAAGCCGGGCCGCAAGACCAACCAGCUACAGUACAUGCAGAAUGUGGUGGUGAAGACGCUCUGGAAGCACCAGUUCGCCUGGCCCUUCUACCAGCCCGUGGACGCCAUCAAGCUCAACCUGCCUGAUUAUCAUAAGAUAAUAAAGAACCCGAUGGACAUGGGGACUAUCAAGAAGAGACUAGAAAACAGUUAUUAUUGGAGCGCGAGCGAGUGUAUGCAGGACUUCAACACCAUGUUCACAAACUGUUACAUUUAUAACAAGCCCACAGAUGACAUAGUGCUAAUGGCCCAAGCCUUAGAGAAAAUUUUUCUGCAGAAAGUGGCCCAGAUGCCCCAGGAGGAAGUUGAAUUAUUACCCCCUGCUCCGAAGGGCAAAGGCCGGAAGCCGGCUGGCGGAACCCAGAGUGCAGGUACGCAGCAAGUGGCGGCCGUGUCCUCUGUCACCCCAGCAGCCCCCUUUCAGAGCGUCCCCCCCACCGUCUCCCAGACGCCCGUCAUUGCCGCCACCCCUGUGCCAACCAUUACUGCAAACAUCACGUCGGUCCCCGUCCCCCCGGCCGCCGCCCCACCUCCUCCCUCGACGCCCAUCAUCCCCGUGGUCCCUCCCACACCACCUGUCGUCAAGAAAAAGGGUGUGAAGCGGAAAGCGGACACCACGACGCCCACGACGUCGGCCAUCACCGCGAGCCGGAGCGAGUCGCCCCCGCCGCUGUCAGACCCCAAGCAGGCCAAGGUGGUGGCGCGGCGAGAGAGCGGGGGCCGCCCCAUCAAGCCGCCCAAGAAGGACCUGGAGGACGGCGAGGUGCCGCAGCACGCGGGCAAGAAGGGCAAGCUGUCGGAGCACUUGCGGCACUGUGACAGCAUCCUCAAGGAGAUGCUGUCCAAGAAGCACGCGGCCUACGCCUGGCCCUUCUACAAGCCGGUGGACGCCGAGGCCCUAGAGCUGCACGACUACCACGACAUCAUCAAGCACCCGAUGGACCUCAGCACCGUCAAGAAGAAGAUGGACAGCCGCGAGUACCCAGACGCGCAGGGUUUCGCAGCUGACAUCCGGUUAAUGUUCUCCAAUUGCUACAAGUACAACCCCCCGGACCACGAGGUGGUGGCCAUGGCCAGGAAGCUCCAGGACGUGUUUGAGAUGCGGUUCGCCAAGAUGCCGGACGAGCCCGCGGAGGCACCGGCACUGCCCGCCCCUGCGGCCCCCGUGCUGAGCAAGGGCGCCGAGAGCAGCCGCAGCAGCGAGGAGAGCUCCUCGGACUCGGGCAGCUCGGACUCGGAGGAGGAGAGGGCCACCAGGCUGGCGGAGCUGCAGGAGCAGCUGAAGGCCGUGCACGAGCAGCUGGCCGCCCUGUCGCAGGCCCCAGUGAAUAAGCCAAAGAGGAAGAAGGAGAAGAAGGAGAAGGAGAAGAAAAAGAAGGACAAGGACAAGGACAAGGACAAGGAGAGGCACAAGGCGAAGUCCGAGGACGACAAGAAGGCCAAGGUGGCCCCACCUGCCAAGCAGGCCCAACCGAAGAAGCCUCCCGCCAAAAAGGCCAGCAGCACAGCCGCGGCCAGCAGGCAGCCCAAGAAGGGCGGCAAGCAGGCGUCGGCCUCCUACGACUCGGAGGAGGAGGAAGAGGGCUUGCCCAUGAGCUACGACGAGAAGCGCCAGCUCAGCCUGGACAUCAACCGGCUGCCCGGGGAGAAGCUGGGCCGGGUGGUGCACAUCAUCCAGUCCCGGGAGCCCUCACUCAGGGACUCCAACCCUGACGAAAUAGAGAUUGACUUUGAGACUCUGAAACCCACCACGUUGCGGGAACUAGAGAGAUACGUCAAGUCUUGUUUACAGAAAAAGCAAAGGAAGCCAUUCUCCCCAAGCGGGAAGAAGCAGGCGGCCAAGUCGAAGGAGGAGUUAGCUCAGGAAAAGAAGAAGGAGUUAGAGAGGCGGCUGCAGGAUGUCAGCGGACAGCUGAACAACAAGAAGCCUGCCAAGAAAGAGAAAGCGGGCUCCGCGCCCUCGGGAGGGCCGUCCCGGCUCAGCAGCAGCAGCUCGUCCGCAUCCGGGAGCAGCAGUUCCAGCGGAUCCAGCUCCGACAGCAGCGACUCGGAAUGAGCUCUGGACUCACAGAACGGCACAAAACCAGCGACGUCGCACACGCCCCAACUCUGCAGUGUUCCCUUCUAUGGUUAAUAUACUACUUUCGUUCCAUGGUGUGCGGGCUUUCUUCUUAACUCAGUGUUAUGGUAGCUUCCAGUUUUUGCUUUAAUAGGUCAGAGAUCUUUCUCGUGGGUACGUGAGGCUUUAUGAGACGGUGCGACUCUGCAUAAAGUCUUUGUCACCGAAUUCGGUUGCUUGGAGAUGGUAACUUCGAACGCUGACCUGACAGCCGUAGAAAAAACAUGCCAGAUGCGGUCUGAGGUUUCUUGCGAAACGCCUCUCUUACGCCCCACCUGGUCUCUAGCUCCGGAACGCAUUGUUGCAAAGGAAGUUUCUCUGGAUGGUACUGUAUGGAAAGCGGUCAGCUUGGCAAACAGGUGCUGUCUUUGUCCUUUGGGCCCCGAGCUCAGCCUCGCGGCUGGGGUCGCCUCUUUCUGGGGGCGCGGAGAACAGCCAGCCUGGCGCGGGCUUCGGGGGCCCCGUCCAGCUCCAGGCAGGGCUUCUGCAGGGGCGGGGAGAGAGGCAGGCGGGCGCGGAGAGGAGGGGUGUCCGGGGCUCCCGGAAGGGAACACGGGGGCUGCGUGUGCAGCUCGUAGGUUUCCAUACACUGAAACUUUUACCUCAACUUAAGAAAAAAAAAAAAAAAAAAAAAACAACGGAAAACAAAACAAAAAAAGAUUAAAAAGACAAAAAAUAAAUAAAAAAAUAAAAGGAGACCUUUUUGUAAGGUUCAGCAGUUUUCUACGAAAGCCCAGCCCGACGUGUGUCCCCGACUCAUCAGCUGCCGCACACCCUGGAACCGUUUCCCCAACUUCAUGUAUAUAUGAAUACUUUAUUUAUUAACAUCAUUGGUCAUUUUUUUAAAAAAAAGAAAAGAAAAAAACUGCAAAAGAAAUGCAUUAAAAAAAAAAAAAUCGCAGAAGCGCAGGCCUCGUCAGUGGUUGGCAGGAGAACCCCGGACUCCGGCCUGCAGGUGCUCGUGCCCCACCGCCCGCGCCGGCCCCCCUCCCGGCUCCGCUGGGGUUCCGCGUCUGUUCUUCGUGUGUGUGUGUGUGUGUGUGUGAGAGAGAGAGAGAGAGACGUUUGGAGACGUACAGACAACUUCCAGCUGCAGCACACCCCCAGUUUUUAUUUUGUUGAGUUCUUUUGUAUUCGCCUCUGGUCUCUUUAGGACUGUUUUAAAAGAAAUCAAUUUAGGGAACCCCAGUUAUAUAAUAUAAACUUUGUAAU